AUGGCUGAUCGAUACUCCUUCUCGCUAACGACCUUCUCGCCGAGAGUAUGCCCUCAACGCCGUCAACCAGGGCCGACAAAUGGCAUCGUCCUCGCCACCGAAAAGAAGUCCUCGUCACCGCUAGCCGACCCCAGCUCUCUAUCUAAGAUCAGCCUCGUCACCCCAAACAUCGGCAUGGUCUACUCUGGCAUGGGCCCCGAUUACAGAGUGCUCGUUGACAAGGCACGCAAAGUGUCGCACACUGGCUACAAGCGCAUCUAUAACGAGUACCCUCCGACACGGAUAUUGGUUCAGGAUGUUGCCAAGGUCAUGCAGGAGGCUACUCAAUCUGGCGGUGUUCGGCCGUACGGCGUCAGCCUGCUGAUUGCUGGUUGGGAUGAGGGCAUCCUCCCCGAGGAUGAGGAGAAGGAGGCUGCAGAAGGCGAGGAGAAGAAGCCCAGCGGCAAGACCGGCGGUAUUCUGAAGGGCGGGCCCAUGCUGUACCAGGUUGACCCGUCUGGCAGCUAUUUCCCUUGGAAGGCGACUGCCAUUGGCAAGAGUGCGACGUCGGCGAAGACGUUCCUCGAGAAGCGGUACACAGAGGGACUGGAACUGGAAGACGCAGUGCACAUUGCCCUUCUGACCCUCAAGGAGACAAUUGAGGGAGAAAUGAGCGGCGAGACGAUCGAGAUUGGCAUCGUUGGCCCUCCGGCGGAUCAUCUGCUGGGAAUUGAGGGCGUUGAGGGCGCCACUGGUCCUCGUUUCAGGAAGCUUACACCCCAGGAGAUCGAGGAUUAUCUGACGAACCUUUGA